AUGGUUGAGCCAGUACAAGGCGAAGCAGGCGUUGUUGUUCCGGACGAGGGAUAUUUGAAAGGUGUACGAGAGCUUUGUACCAAGCAUAAUGUGCUUUUUAUUGCUGACGAAGUGCAAACGGGUCUAGGACACUCUCAGAGAUUAUUAUGUUCGCACCAUGAAAAUGUACGGCCAGACAUUGUUACGCUUGGAAAGGCACUGUCCGGCGGGACAUAUCCAGUAGUACUUGAUGAAAAAUUGCCCGAAAAUGCUGCGAAAAUGGGUAAAAUUUUGAUGGAUGAGUUGCGAAAGCUACCGAAAUCGGUUGUCUCUGUUGUGCGUGGCAAAGGGCUUCUUUGCGCAAUCGUACUGAAAAAAAAAGUUGAUGCAUGGAAAGUAUGUCUGAAGCUAAAAGAUAACGGUUUAUUGGCGAAAAAUACGCAUGGCGAUACAAUCCGAUUUGCACCACCGCUGAUUAUCACUGAAUCGGAACUCAGAGCAGCGAUAAAAAUCAUCUCAGACACAGUCAACAGCUUCGCUUAA